AUGAAUUUAUUGAUCCAAUUUUUUAGUGUCAUUCUAUUGUAUAUCCAAAGAAAUCCGUAUGUCAAUGCACAGAUACAAAAAAAUCCAGUUGAUGCGCAAGCUGUUCAGCAAGUGCUUGCCCCUCAACACAUGCAACCACAAGCGCCAGUACAGCUGCAAACUGCUGCCCAGGCACCGCAACAAAAGUUAGCAGUGAAUCCACCUAGUGGUCAGCAGCAAGAGCUCGAUACGUAUAGGAAGCAUCUAAUAGAUUACGAAGAAUGUAAAGAAGAUGUACAUAAACACUGCUUACGCCCUGGAGUGGAACUCAAAAGUGAUAUGGCAGUAUUGGAAUGUCUUCAAGACGUUAAAUUAAGCGAAACGGAACUUCUUACUGCUCCGUGUGAACAUUUGAUUUGGGAUUUCAAAGUUAAUUUGACUCAAGAUGAUCAAUUUCGCCAAGCGUCUAAACUUUUCUGCAAGGACGAAAUGAUAGCUAAUCCAAAUUUAGCUCAGUGUGCAGAAAUAAUAAAACCUGGUUAUGCACUCUCAUGUUUCAUCGAUUUCAUACUAAAUUUGCCGAGAGAAUCGAGGUGUUUUCAGUUUUUGGAUCGUUCUGCUAGACUUGCAUUCUCUGACUUUCGUGUUGUUGGUCCGUUUGUUGCAGUGUGUAAAAAUACAAUUCAAAGACUUCAAUGUGGAACAUUGACUCCACCAUCUGCCCAUGCUAAAGCUCGAAUACCACAUUCCCAAGGACAUACAUUAGAAUGUUUGAUAAGUAAAAUCUAUCAAACACAACAAAAAGAUCCCAAUGCAGCGCCAGUAGUUGAUGAAGCAUGUCAACAUGAAAUCAUGCGAAUAGCUGAAUUACAAACCGAAGAUUUCCAUCUCGACAGACCACUUUAUUUUGCAUGUCGAGAAGAUCGAGAGAAAUUUUGCAAAACUGUCCAAUCAGGACAGGGAAAAGUACUCGAAUGUUUGCUUACUCAUCGAACAGAUCCAAUGAUGGAGCCGGAAUGCUCAAAGCUUUUGGCAGAACGAGCUAACAUGAUGGGACAAAACUAUCGAUUAUCGCAUCCAUUGCUUAGUGGUUGUGCAGUAGAAUUGAAAGAGUUCAGUUGUUCACCAUCGGCAUUAUUUUCUGGCUCUCCAAAUUUUCAUCUGAGCUGGGUGCUUUUGUGUCUGGAAAAUGCGGCACAUGCAAAUCCGAAUAAAGUAUCCAACAAAUGUCAACAUGAAAUGGUUUCACAUCGUAAAAUGAUGAUGAGCGAAUUUCGGUUGAGUCCAGAAGUUGUUCUAACCUGUGGCAGAGAAAUCGAUAUGUUCUGCAGUCCAAAAGGUGAUAUUGAGGCGGAAGGUCGAACUCUUCAUUGUUUAUUAAGUCACGCACAAGAGCGUAACGAAAAUCGGAGGCUUGGUCCGCAGUGCAUGCAAGCCCUUCAAACUGUCAUGAAGAUCGCCGACGUUGGUUCUAAUUACAAAGUGGAUGAAGUUUUGUAUGCUAGCUGCAAAAGCUUAAUUGAUGGUCCAUGUGCAAUGGAUGCUCAAUCCGAAGCAAACACUUUGGGCUGUUUGAUGAAACAUAUGGAUGUUGACAUGCCGAAAGAAUGUGAACAACGGCUCUUGGAAGUGCAAUACUUUAUUUCUCGAGACUGGACACUCGAUCCGCAGCUUUAUUUAGCAUGCCAUGAAGAUGCUGUUUCCAAGUGUUCUGCUAAUGCUAACUGGCAUCAACAGCCGAAUCAACAAGGACCAGAUCCUGGACCAGUCGUACUUGCAUGUCUCUAUCGUGCAGCUUACAAUGAUAAGAAUCCGCUGAAGCCUGAAUGUGCUGCAAGUGUGCGUCGUGCAUUGCGUACUCGUGCGGUUCGUGUAAAUUUGAUGCCAGAUAUCGAAUCUUCGUGUCGGGAGGCUCUAUCAGAAUACUGUUCCACCGAUGUAAAACCCACUCAAGAAAUGAAAUGUCUUCAAGAGUAUUUCCAGCAAGAUAAAUUCAUAAAAAAGUAUAGCGAAUGUUCUGCCGCUGUAAGCGAUUAUACGAAAAUGAUGGCUAAAGAUACUGCUUUGAAUCAAGCACUUACAAAAGCUUGCAAACCUGUCAUCUCGAAAUAUUGCCAACAAUAUAUUAAUGAAGAGAUUGAUCAUGGUGAUGUGUUGGAAUGUUUACUAGAUAACAAAGGCCGACCAGAAAUGACUUCCAAAUGUCGUUCAUAUGUUAAUCAUUUUGAGCUUAUCACUCUACGUGACUUCAAAUUCGAUGAACAUUUUGCACAGUACUGUUCGAAUGACAUUAAGAAAUAUUGCACAGAAGUCAAUACCGACAAGGCUGAAAUAAUUCGUUGUUUGUCGACAGUUAUGUUUGAGCAUAAAGUGCUGGGAAUAUCAGAUGACCUAGAAAAAGACUGUAAAAAGUACUUGAAGGCUGCAUAUCUUCAUCAAGAACAGGUGAAUUUCGAUGAUAAGUCGCAUAUGAUGGAUGCUGACCCUACGCUGAUGAAGAAAUGUAGUCAGGAACUGGAUCGGUUAGGAUGUCGACAAGAAAAAUAUUUUGAAGAUGUAGUUGAAUGUCUACGUUUAAAAUAUGAUGAGCUAGGUCUAGAAUGUAAAGCAGUUGUUUUUACACGGGAGAAAAUCGAAGCAGUAGAUAAUCAAUUUGAUGAUGAACUCCAGCGUCAUUGUCGUGCUGACAUAGACAAAUAUUGUCAUGCAGAAGAAGGUGAAAGAGUGUUGGAAUGUUUGAAAAAUAUGAAAAUUCUGCGUUCUCUAUCAUCAAAAUGCCAAAAAAUUGUUUGGGAAAGAAUGCGGGAGCAAGCUAAGGAUGUGCGCUUGAAUAUUGGUCUUAUGGAAGCUUGCAGAGAAGAGGCCGAGCGAUAUUGUCCUGAUGAUUACAAGAAAAUAAACGAUCCGCAGUAUGCAAAGAAAACACUGGAGGGCGUUUUCAUUAUGUGUUUGCGUUCGCAGUACGCUAAUCCUCAGAAAUCAAUACAUUUGAAUGCUAAAUGCAAAGAUGAGAUAGCGAGCAUUAUUUUGGAAAGCGAAUUUGAUGUUCGUUUAGAUUCACAGCUGUACAAAGCUUGUAAAAAUACUAUUUCAAAGCAUUGCUCUAGUGAUGUCAUAAAGCGUGGUGGAACUUUCGAUUCAGUUUUAGAAUGUCUCAAAGCUGAUUUUAGGCUUGGUACCAUUAGAGAUGCCGAUUGCACAAGACAGAUUGGUAGACGCUUGCAAGAAUCAUUAGUUGAUAUUCAUCUUGAUCCGGUACUGCAUGAAGCUUGCGCUAACGACAUUCAAAGACUAUGCUACAAUGUGCCGCCCGGUCAAAGUCGAUUGAUUGUGUGUUUAUUGGAUUCUUUGAAGAGUGAAGGCACAAAACUUUCACCAGUUUGCAGAGACAGACUUACGGAACGAAAUAAUUUGUGGAAUAAAGCUUACAGGGAACAGCAGAUAGCAUUGCCGGAAUCAUUUGCCGAAAUGGUAGACGUUGUAGUAAGCCACCCACAACGAAAUUCAUUACUUACUUGGUUUGGCAUUUUUAUCUUAAUACUGUUCCUCUUUGGAUGUUGCUGUGGACGAGCAACGAAACGUAUAAAACGUGAAAUGAAAAAUCGUUGA